UGUCACAAUAAUAUUGUCAUCUGAUGUGUUCAUCGGUGUCCAUAAUUUUAAAACUGUGAACAGAGAUUGUCAAUAUGUGGAUACAACACACGGUGUCGGACUAUUUGUAUCAAAUAGUGUUGGUUUCAACUGUCUUCGUUCUGGGUCGAUAUUACAUUGGAUGGCGACGCUGGUCAAAUGUGCCACCGGGACCACAGCCACUGCCCUUCCUGGGAAACAUUGGUUACCUCAGAUCCAAAGAUCAGCUACAAACGUUUAGGAGACUUAGAAAGCUUUUUGGUGACGUAUUCAGUCUUCGUUUUGGCAAUAAUUUGUUUGUCAUUUUCAAUGGAUACGAUACCUUGAAAGAAGCUUUUAUUAGAAAUGGCGAUGUUUUCUCGGAUAGACCAAAAACGUACCUUAUGGAUCUAAUGUCCCGAGGCAGAGGCAUAUCCGGAAGCUCGGGAACGACAUGGAAAGAGACGAGAUCGUUCACCAUCACUGCUCUAAGAGAGUUCGGAUUUGGAAAAAAGUCGAUGGAAACGAAACUUAUGGAAGAGGUUGAUGCCUUUUUAGCUGCAAUCCACAAUACAAACGGUGAACCAUUUGACAUAAAGAAUACCAGUUACACAAGCGUAUCGAAUGUGAUUUGCAGUCUGAUAUUUGGUCACAGGUUUGACCAUGGCGACAAGACAUUCGAAACCCUUCUUGAUUUAUUAGACCAGAACUUUAAACUUAUUGGACACACGGGUAUCCUUGGUAUAGUUCCAUUUUUAAGAUAUUUGCCAGGAGACCUAUUUGGGGCAAAACGCCUGAUAAAGAAUACGGUCGAAAUCAAAAAGUUCUUCGUUGACCAGGUAGAGUCUCAUCGGAAAAUUUUCGAUGAAACAAACAUCAACGACUUCACAGAUGCUUUUCUGAAAGAGCAGAGAAAACACACGGAUGAGACCGGAGCUAUUUUUACAGACGAUAACCUCACAACAUUAAUUGGAAACUUGUUUUCUGCCGGAACGGAAACGACAGCAACAACCAUCAGAUGGGCUGUGCUGUACCUUAUACAUUACAGAGACAUACAGGACAGACUUCGACAGGAAAUCGAUCAAGUUAUCGGAAGAUCUCGGGUGCCAUCUAUCUCCGAUAAAGAAAACAUGCCUUUUUUCGAAGCUUUCAUUGUUGAAGUCUUGCGCCAUGCCAACAUAGUCCCACUUUCCGUGGCGCAUGGAUCUGCCCGUGACACGAUGUUCAGGGGCUUCUUCAUUCCAGGUGGCUCUAUCCUAGUCCCUAAUCUUGACUCUGUAGUGAAUGACCCGAAGCUUUUUCAGCACCCGGAUACUUUCUGCCCAUCACGGUAUAUUGGAGACGACGGAAAAGUCACAGGAUGUGACAAGGUCACGGCCUUUUCUGUUGGGCGAAGACUGUGUCCAGGUGAGGCUUUGGCAAAAAUGGAGCUCUUUUUAUUCCUGACUUCUCUGAUUCAGAAUUUCCGGUUGAUCCCGGAUGAUCCAAAAUGUCUACCAUCUUUACAAGGAAUCAUGGGAAUGACCAGAUCUCCGAAACCUUUUAAACUACGAGCUAUCAAAUUAUACACAUAAAUUUCUUUUGUAUUCUAUUACCUUCUGAUUAUUGCUUUGAUAAUAAACUCUUCGUGUUUGGCUAACUUCAAGAAAUCAAUUUGUACUAAAAAUAUAAUAAUAACAAAUCCAUUUUUCGAAUGGACCACAAUCAAUAGUCUGAAGACUAUUGUCAUGGUCUGCAUAGCCUUAUCCGAAUCUCGUCAUUGCCUUUCCUGUUGUUGUCCGUUGAAUCAUUUCGUUUUAAUUUAAAGUUGUAUGUACCCUUUUUAAAUAAUUUAAGAUACAUCUGGACGUUCUGUUUUUCAUUUUGCACAAACGCAAGCCUAUGAAAUGAAAAUAUAAAAUUGUCUUUACGUCCAACUCGUCGCGACAAACGUGUUGCUCGUACACGACACAUCAUUUGUUUGACAUGUUACUGCUAUGAGGUCAAUGUUAAUUUAUUUUUACCCAUCAAAUUGUAGGAUCAUCACAAGAAAAGCGUUCGGGGUGCUAUUGUUGACAAAAAUAUUCAAUAAUUUUCCUGUAAAUAUUUGUUUAAAAACAAAAAGGAAUAAGAAUACCCACACAAGCAAACAAAUAAUAAAACUGACAUUGUUUGAAUAUA